AUGAAUAUCAACCCAAAAAAGACGUCUGGGUAUGACCAGAUCAACCCAAAAAUCCUGAAAGAGUUAUCUAAAAAAGCUAUGAUUCAUCUAACACACAUAUUCAAUGCCAUCAUACGUAUGGAAUACGUUCCUAAACAAUGGAAACAAGCUCAAGUGGUCAUGGUACUUAAACCAGGAAACCACCAGAACAAGCAACUUCAUAUAGACCAAUUUCGCUUCUUCCAAGCAUCUUAA